AGAAAUCCGAAAGUUUACAGUUUCCUAAGAACAUCGGCUUUCCACCCCCUUUUAUUCUUUCUUCCCUAUCCAGCGAUUGCUGGAACUUUCGCCAGCAUCAAUUGCCGAGCGCGAAUCUCGAGGAAAGCGAAGUGACUCGACACUUGGCACGCUUGGCGGAUGACCAAACGAGUUCUCUAUGCAAGCGACCUGGCUGACUUGCCAGGAUCUUGAAUUAGAGCCAAGAGCCAAGAAUAUGACUAAUGGCGCCAGCAACAUAGUUACCAAUAGCAAAGAGGUUCCCGAAGUUCCCGUCCUCGCAGUGGGAGCCAUUACGGUAGCACAUAUUCACGUAGCCACGUAUCCACGUAUCCGCACGUGCAACGUGUGGGAUUCUAAUCGUACGAGUCAGUCGCUCGCGCAGAUGUGUGGCUCGCGUCUACGUGGACGCUACAGGAAGCAUAGGUGCCCCUACGUGACUAUGCCCAUCGGACCGGUCGCUGCUGUCAUGGCUCGAAGACAUCGAGUGGCGCUGCGUGAAGCCGACAAAGUGGGACAUUGUGCCACAUUGCUCUAGGAAAAGCGAGGAUGAACGUGCAACCUUCUCGAGAUGCGAGGAGUUUCCGGAAACGGAUUAGAAACCUUGACGACCGAUCGUGAACCGACACUCGCGACUUGUCAGACCCUACCGUGUCUUUAGCUUUGUGAAAAUAUAUAGAAAUAUGUUAUUAAUUAUGAUCGGGAAAUUCGUUGGCUAGAAUUUCUAGGCCAGGGAACGAGAACCGAGAGUUAACCGUUAUUUAAAAAGUUUCGAUUGGCCUAACUGUGCACCGCGACUGCUCGACUCCAUCUUUAUUCAUGAGCAACAAUUAUCGAGUCCUCCUGACGGAUGGACCCCCGUCAUUCUCUCAAUGCUCUCAGUUUCCUUCUUCCGUGUUUAAUGGCGUCGGUUGGGUUGGCAUCGUUGCCCACAGGAGAAUAGCCCGUUUCAAUUUAAUGUAAUAGGACUUUAUAAUGCUCGUGUAGAGUAACGUUUCCUUUCCGAUGGCUCUGCCGGAUCUCGAACGAAGCCUUGGACGAUCGCACGGUAGACCUUCAGAUCCUAGAUCGUUAGAUCGUUAGAUCGUUCGAGGCUGACGUUUCGUAUUGAGAAGAAUGGACAAGGGACACCACUACUGCGUUAAUGUAACAGUCAUUCUUGUAGAAAGUAAUUAGAUCCAGAUAAGGAUUACACAA